UUUUUUUUUCGGCUCCGGAAUUCGAUGCACUUGCGGGCCCCGUCCACCGGGGGUUCGCCGUAACGCGCCACCACGACGGACCGCUCAGUAACGCUAGUGCCCGUUGACGCGCGUGACACGGAACGGUUUCUCGGAGCUCGGCCGCCAGUCGCCAGAGGCACCAGCGGCGCCCGAGUGUGCAGUGUGUCUGUUGUUUGUGUGAAAUUGUGUACGCGGGUCGUGCUCGUCGUGCUUCUCUGCAGCAGUAGGGAGGGCCUACCAGUCGUGCAAAAACACCGCCGUCUUCGCUCGUUUACGUGCCUUAGCGGGGCUUUGCCGUGGUUUUCGUCCUCCCGGUCCCCACGGUGCGUGUGUGUGUGUGUGUGUGUGUGUGAGUGUUCCGGCCGGCCCCGUGGGUGGUCCCGUAUGGCCCGCAAUCAACGCCUCGAUCAAACUUUACUCAAGCGAAGAAUCAAGCCCGAAGCGAAUCACGGGAACACUGCCCCAAGUUCAGCAUCCUUAUUUCCCACACGCAGAGAGCGAGGCGAACGCACGGCACCCAGUGUAUCUAGCCUGUGCGCGCUAGAAAGUGAGAGUGAAUUGUCUACAGCACAAACCCCAACGCCCAACGCCCACCCGAAUGCAGCAAAUGUUACGCUAGCAACGUCAAACCGCGCGCGCGUGUGUGUGUGCGUCCGGUACGCCUGGAGGGAUAGGUGUAGACGCGCAAAAAAAAAAUAAAAGAAGCGCACCUAGGACACCGUAAGGAAGAUGGACAGCUCGCCGGACCUGUCACUCAAGCUGCGGCGCGGCUCGAGCGAUUCGCGCGAAUCGUUCUACAUGGACUUUGCCCAGGGCAUCGACUCCGACAUCGAGGACGUGGUGACGAUGGCAUCCGGUGGUGCCGGAGGCCUUCCUUCCCCUUGCACGCUCCCGCCUGCCGCCCCGCUGGUGGCGGAAGUGGUGACGAUACAGCCGGCCGGGUCGGCCGUCCCCAGCCAGACCGGCGUCAUUCUCGAGGAGGAAGAUGCUCUCAUCGAGGAGGAGGAGGAAGAGGAGGAGGAGGAAGAAGAAGAAGAAGAGGAGCAGGAGAAGAACAAGCGGGAAAACGGGGAGCAGCCCCAACCGGCCACGGCUGUAGACGAGGAGCAGCUGGGGGAGCAGGACGCGGGCGACAGUGGAGAGUACGAGCUGCCACCACCGAUGUCCUCCUUUCCUUCGCCCAUCCACAGUCCGGCCAGUUUGCUGCCGCCCCUGUCCGUGCUCAACAUCGACAUUGAAAGGGAUGCUGGUCUGUCGCUGCAACCCAUCAUGCCAUCGCCCUCGGUGUCCCAGAACGCGAUCGUUUCGCCGGAAACGUUCAGCACCCACACCUCGCCCGCACCUUCCCUGCACAAACUGCACACUGGGCGGCCGACCAGCCCACGGCAUCCAGCCACCCCGCCGCUAGUGCAUCCGCCGGCCGUACUGACGGCCGGCGCGGACUAUCCUUCCCUGUCCUCGGUCCACCAGGAGCACGGUACCACCGAUGGGGACGGUUCGCGCAACGGCUCCUCGUUGGGCAUGCAAAGCAAAACCCAGCUCGGGUCGUCCUCCACCUCCUCCUCCACCGCGAUCCAGUCCCGCCCACUCCACACACCUACUGCAAGUGCCAAAGCGAUCGAUAUGGUAGCGGCGGGGUGCCCACCUCCAGCAGCCACCUCGGCACUGCUCGUUACGCUGCCGCUCGCCGGGCCAGUGUCGGGGGCGGGGGGCGAGUCGGUGCUCUCCGCAAGCAACCGGUCACCCCAUCAACUCUCCCAGCAGUCGCUCGCGACGCCGGGCAGUGGAGCCGCCAGCCAGACCACCACCACGCAUCAGCACUUGUCCGUACUGUACCACUCCCACCAUCAUCAUCUCCAUCCGAUACUGACGACGAAUCGGCGUCCGUCGCGCCUGCCCGAACCGGUCUACUAUCCCACGCCGCGCGAAGUGAAACCCGGUGAAGCCCUCGCGACGACCCUGUCGGCCCUGUAUGGUAAGCUGCUCGUGGUGAUGGGUAUCGCAUUCCCGAUGGCGGAAGUUAUCUCCACCUACAUUCCACCUUCCUUCUAUGAGGGCUUCUAUUUAUACCUGUACAUCGGCAGCAUGGUGUUCCUGCUCUUCAUGUACACAACACUGCUCUGGGGAAAGCCUAAAAUGCCACCCGUCUCACCGAUCAAGAAGCAAACGCUUGCCAGCACGAAGAAGGUAAUGCACCGUACCAGCACGACCUGCUCGACGGACAGCGGCGAACAGUCGGACAGUGAGGACGAAACCAUCAGCUCCAGCCCGAAGGUGCCGGUGCAGGCGCGCCGGAUGUCACUGUCGGCCGGUGCCGCCUCACGGUUGCAGCACUUUGGCAGCUUCUAUCUGCGCAUGGGUGCGGUCGCGUUCGGCAUCGGCAGCAUGAUCUACUCCGGAUUGGAAUUCGGGCAAUACUUUGAGCUGGAGCGCAACACCAAGUGCCACAACGUGCUGCUCGCACUGACGCCGGCCACCCGGAUGGCCUUCAUCUUCAUACAGAUGUAUUUUAUUUUUCUAAACAACGAGCAAAUCAAGGUGUACCGGCACAAGAUCGUGGCGCGGUUCGGGCUGAUGCACAUGAUCGGCACCAACCUGUCCGUUUGGUUCUCAGUGCUGAUACAGGAGACGAAGCACGAGAUCUUGACGUUCUACAAUCCGGAAAACCGCACGUUGCGCAUUUCCCACCGGCUGGGCAACAAGAUGAUGCCCCACCCGGUGGAAACCGUCGCCCAUCUGCGGGUGGCCCGCGGGCUCAAGGGCCCGCACAACAUCUUCGAGUGCCGGCGGUCGAACAUCAUCGGCACGCUGGUGCAGGACGCGUCCCCGUUUCUGUUUCCCUGCACCAUCGAGUACUCGCUGAUCUGUGCCGCCAUCCUGUACGUGAUGUGGCGCAGCAUCAGCCGGCCGCAGAACGAGCAGCCGCAGCGCCAGGAAAGCCUGCACCCGCUCAAACGCUCCCCCCACCACUACUCGGUCGACUGUGCCGGCGCUCACAAGGGCCUGUUCAUCGGCAUCCUCAUCCUGGUGCUGACCAUCAUCUCGCUCAUCCUGUUCUUCGUGCUGAUUUCGCGCCCCGAGUUCGUCAGCCUCGCCGUGACGGAGGUGAACAUCUGCGAGCUGACGCUGUACGGCACGACGACGGCCGCCACGCUGAUCGGCAUGUUUCAGGUGCGCCACAUGCAGUACGACGCGUUCCGCAGCUUCAGCCUGGACGACAUCCUGCUCGUCGGGGGCCAGACCGGCUCGUUCCUUUACAGCACGUUCACCGUGAUCGGGGGCCACUUUACGAUGCGGCGCGACACGGUGCUGGUGCUGAUCACGGCCCUCGCCUCGCUGGUCGAGACCGCCUGCCAGACGAUGUUCAUACUGGACGCGAGCCGCCGGUCCGCCGCCACCCAGGAGCACAUCCGCAAGAAGCCGGGCCGCGAGAUCGUCACCUUUCUGCUGGUGAGCAAUCUGGCGAUGUGGGCGAUCAACACGCUCGAGAAGAGCCGGGCCGAGUCGCACCCGAUCCAGCUGCACUUUUACGGGCUGUGGGCGUGGACGAUCAUCACGCACGUGUCGAUGCCGCUCGCGAUCUUCUACCGGUUCCACAGCACCGUCUGCCUGUGCGAGAUCUGGAAGCGGGCGUACAAGAUGAAGCCGGCGUACAUGUAGGGUCGCUCGAGCGCCUGGCCCUGCCCGGCACGCGUGCCGCGGCUCUGCGCCAGGCGUCCGGACGGCCCGCCCGGUGGCGGGGAGCCGGCAGCCGGGCCCGGUGCUGAGGUGCCGCCGUCCACCACGGCCAAGGUGCGGCUGGAGCAGCCCGCCCCGAUCGAUCUGCACGCGUACCUACGCGCCUAGAGCAGCAGCAGCGGCCAAAACAGACCAUCCGGAGGGGGUGACUCGAUUUUACAAGCAGCCAUUGCAUUACAUUCAAUCGUGCAUUUUGUAAUCCGCUUACUUCAUACUCACGCGUAAUGGGGAGGGUUUUUUUCCUCGCGAAUAAUUAAACAAAAAACAUAACUAGGACCAUGCUGAAACGUGGCGAUCAUUGUGCAGCGCUGCACAAGCACAAUCUUUUUUAAAGCCCACGCACCUCAGCAGGACUUUGCUUUGCUAUUUUAAUGCAUUUGAACGAUCAGCGCUUGGAGCUCGGUCGUUGCUCUGAACAAGGAUUGAAAGGAGGACAGUGACGCGGAGUACGCACACAGUGUACUGCCGACAUACUAGAGCACACACCCCACCGAUGUUUCUUCAAAGACAAAAAGCAACGAACAAAUAGCAACCAACCAAAGUACGUGUGUCGAACCGCGUGCCCUAACGUGCCAUCGAUCGAGACCAGUUUUUUGAAGUUCAGCAAGUUGAACGCUCAGGAAGAGAGUGGUUUUAUAGUGCCAUUUUUUAGAGACAUUUUUUCCACACCACACACACACCCACACCCACAUACAACAUUUUGGAAGGAGCAUUUUUUAUACUAGCGACGAAUAGUUGGGGCGGGAAUUUUUGGAAAACACCCUAAUGGGUCAUUUUGGGGAAUCGGGUCUAUGCCGAGAAGCGUUCAUACCUUCUCAUCUCGAACUUUUGAUUUGUGUGUGUGUGUGUGUGUGUGUGUGUGUGUGUCUGUUGGAAGAGCUAUUAAACGGAAGAAGGUGUAUGUUGAAACAAAAACAUUAACAAAAAAACUAACAAAGAAAACAUAUUCAACCAAAAACUCAAACAAAAACUACCACGUCACAUCCAUGCUCUAAAGCCGUCUAUAUAAAUGUAUUUGUAGUGCCAAACGAAAUCGCAUAUUGUCCAACACGUAACACAGAAAGCGCGUACUCAAACUCAGUGUCAAAACAACAACAACAACAACCACAACAAAAUCAAAAAAGCAAAUCGUGAGAAAUAAUCAACUAUAUUAUACAUUUAAAAAAAACGAUUAAAGUAUCCGUGCGUCCGUGGAUGUAUUAUUAUGUAAGCGCGGUGUAACUAUGGUAACUUCCAGCCAAGGCGAUACAGAUUUUGCGCGAGGACGUUUUUUACUAAAUAAUAAGAGCGUAACGACACGAAAACAACUUUUUACCGUUUUUUUAUUUAUACACAAAAUCAAGGUAUUUACAUAGGUCAGGUUUUACAAGAUUAAAUUGUUGCGAUAGAAAGAGAGAGAGAGAGAGAGAGAGAGAGAGAGAAAGCGAGAAGGAGGGAGAGAAAUUGUUUUUGAUUUUUAGUGGUUUUUUAGUGUUUUCUUUUACUCUGCGCUUAGCCGUAAGCGACGAACCGUAGUACCAACAGUAGCGGUAGGAAAAUUAAAUGCCACCAUCCGCCGGCGAUUAAUAAUCGAUUGCAAAUUUCUCUCCAACAAUAAAAUUUAAAAUAAAAAAAAAAACGAAUACGGCCACAGUAGCACCGAUCGCAAAUCGACCGGUUAGUUGCGUGUUCCCGCGACAGUAGCUUAGGAAUAGGCUGGCAACUAAACGAGACGGUGCACGAUUUUAGUCGCGUGUUUCGUGUAUGGACGUGUUAUAGUGCAAAAUCGACGUAAAAAAAGAUAUAGCUACACACACACAUGUGUCGUCUCCGCGCUGACUCGGAAAAUGCUGACAUUUUUGCGAGCUGAGAUCAUCGUGAGGGAAAACCCGCUCCCCGUCUCGGGGGGGGGGGGGGCAGAUGAUCGUGUCUUCGUUCUGGUCGGAGCGUUCGCGUGGAUUAUUAGAUCAUAUUCCUUCUUUAGGUUCUAUUUCUCGAGCAAGAUUGAAAGGAAAAGUGCAAUCCUUUGUGUUGCUAGUGGUGCGUAGCUGUAGUCGGAUUGUAAACCAACAAAGAAAAAAAAACAAAAAAAAAACAAAAAUCGCCACGAAAACCAAACGCUUAUUUAAGUACGUGUAGAGAGAGAGAGAGCAUUCUGAUCAAAGUACAUAAUCUCUUCUCGCGCUGCAUGCAAACAUCGUGUCCGGUACGCGUGUCUCUUCUACUAGCCAUUUUUUAAACACUAUUACUCGUUGUCACAACACGGUCUACCCUCCAGACUGGGGCCGUCCUUACUGCUGUUUACACUCUUCUUUUGCUCGUUUGCUGCUAAACCGGCAACCCCGUAUCUAGCCGUCGUACUGUUCUGCUCCAUAUCGCUCAUGCUAUUCUAUCUGUCAUAACGUCAUUUUACCCGAUGUUUGUAUACCAAACCUAUCCUGACAACAGCAACAACAACAAAACAAGCUAAAAUCAAAGACUCUACCGUGUAGCUGGUAAGAUUAACGUGUAAGAAACCCUGGAAAGAUGUUAACGUGUUUUAUUGGUUGCGUUUUUGAGUCUGGAAAAUUUAUUGCAAUUCCCGAUCCCUCGCAGGAGAAGGGUAGGAAGUUUUAUUGGUGAAGGAUAGAGAGCGGGAAGGGGGGGGGGGGAUAUGCGGUGGGAUUGGAGUUGCUGUAUUUGUGGAUUGGUUAGAUCGUUCCGUUUGAUUGACCAGCUGUUCGUUAGAUAUUCGCGUUUUGGUUUUCCAUUUGCGGGAUGAUGGAAAUCACUAAGUUGUGCCAAUUAUUGUACAUGUAAACAAAUUCACACACACACACACAUACACAAACACACAUACACACACAGAUACACAGUGUAAUGUAAAGUUGAGUUUGCUUGGGGAAAGAAAUUGCGCGGCAGUCAGUCAGAAUUGGGCGUUUCGUGUGGGGUGGGUCAAUUAGGCUUCAAUGUUCUUUUAUAUCUAUGUACUGCGUAUGUUAUUGGGCUUAUCUUAAGAAGAAGAAGAAAAAAAACCGGGGGACAAACGAAAAUACGAACGAUGCGAUGUUCUGUAGAAAAUAUUACCGAAUCAAAAACCAAAAGAUCAACACACACAAAAAACGCUGAAGAAGUUAUUAAAAAUCGUAAUACACUCCAAUUCAACGUCGACCAUUUGGAUUUACAAAUAAACUGAACAAAAAAAACUUAUCGUAAUGAAAA